CUCGUGGGAAGCAUCAAUUGGCGGUAAAUUCACUGGGAGGUGUUCAUAUCCAUUGAAAGCUCUAUAAAAGGAACCCUAAUCGACCCGUCUAUCGUAUCCCAAUUGUUAAUCGAAUAGGAACAAAGCGCUGCGCUUUUCCUUUCUUUCUCUUCGAUCAAGAUGCAGAUCUUCGUUAAAACUCUCACCGGCAAGACGAUCACCCUUGAGGUCGAGUCGUCUGACACCAUUGACAACGUAAAGGCCAAGAUCCAGGACAAGGAGGGGAUCCCGCCGGAUCAGCAAAGGUUGAUCUUCGCUGGCAAGCAGCUCGAGGACGGCCGCACCCUUGCCGACUACAACAUCCAGAAAGAGUCCACCCUCCACCUCGUGCUACGUCUCCGUGGUGGCAUGCAGAUCUUUGUCAAGACCCUUACCGGCAAGACCAUCACCCUUGAGGUCGAGUCUUCCGAUACCAUCGACAACGUGAAGGCCAAGAUCCAGGAUAAGGAGGGGAUCCCCCCGGACCAGCAAAGGUUGAUCUUUGCCGGUAAGCAACUCGAGGACGGCCGCACCUUGGCCGAUUACAACAUCCAGAAGGAAUCUACCCUCCACCUCGUGCUCCGUCUCCGUGGUGGCAUGCAGAUCUUUGUUAAAACCUUGACUGGCAAGACCAUCACCCUCGAGGUGGAGAGCUCCGACACCAUUGACAACGUCAAAGCCAAGAUCCAGGACAAGGAGGGGAUCCCCCCGGACCAGCAAAGGUUGAUUUUUGCCGGUAAGCAGCUCGAGGACGGCCGCACCUUGGCCGAUUACAACAUCCAGAAGGAAUCUACCCUCCACCUCGUGCUCCGUCUCCGUGGUGGCAUGCAGAUCUUUGUUAAAACCUUGACUGGCAAGACCAUCACCCUCGAGGUGGAGAGCUCCGACACCAUUGACAACGUCAAAGCCAAGAUCCAGGACAAGGAGGGGAUCCCCCCGGACCAGCAAAGGUUGAUUUUUGCCGGUAAGCAGCUCGAGGACGGCCGCACCUUGGCCGAUUACAACAUCCAGAAGGAGUCUACCCUCCACCUCGUGCUCCGUCUCCGUGGUGGCAUGCAGAUCUUUGUCAAAACCCUUACUGGCAAGACCAUCACCCUCGAGGUGGAGAGCUCCGACACCAUCGACAACGUCAAAGCUAAGAUCCAGGAUAAGGAAGGGAUCCCCCCUGACCAGCAAAGGUUGAUCUUUGCCGGCAAGCAGCUGGAGGACGGCCGCACCCUGGCUGACUACAACAUCCAGAAGGAGUCCACUCUUCACCUUGUACUGAGGCUGAGGGGAGGCAUGCAAAUCUUUGUGAAGACCCUCACCGGCAAGACCAUUACUUUGGAGGUCGAGAGCUCCGACACCAUCGAUAACGUGAAGGCAAAGAUCCAGGAUAAGGAAGGCAUCCCCCCGGAUCAGCAGAGGCUCAUCUUUGCCGGCAAGCAGCUGGAGGACGGCCGCACCCUGGCCGACUACAAUAUCCAAAAGGAGUCUACCCUUCACCUGGUUCUCCGCCUUCGAGGUGGUCAGUGAUAUAUGAUCCCUUUGCUUGCCUUGGUCGUCUCCAUUAGAGUCCCAAGUCUGUUGAAACCUUAAGCUUACAUUGCCGUUUGUCUGAGUCUUGUGUUGCUGCAUUUAUUUUCAGUUUGCGUCUGGUUGGUACUUUAAGUGUUCUUCUUAAUAAAUGUGUUUAGUCCCCAGAAUUGUUGAGCAUGAUUGUGAUAUUGUAGAUUGGAACUGUUUUUAGUGAUAUCGAAUCACAAAAGAUCUUGAUGUGAGGAAA